UCAAAGCCACCACUAGCACCAAAACCAAAGAUUAUCGGUCAUCUUUCUCCGGUAGCUGUCUCCAAAUUUUCUCCUUCACUGCCGAGGGCUGAUAUUCUUCAUAACCCGAACUCUAUGCCUAGGGGUCCCAAACCACCGAUUGCUCCGAAGCCAAAACUCUCCGCUGACACUGAGGGCAAAUCCAGUGUUUAUACCAACAAUAACUUAAAUAAAUGCUCAAAUGGGAAACUGGUAUGUCUUGAUGGAGAGCUGUAUGAAGGAAACCAAUGCAAUGCUGAUUGCCCAGAAUCUGAGACGGAUAAUGAGUACAUUGUAGUUCCUGAAGCUCAGCUGGCCAGCAAAGACUGUAAUGACUUGGAACAUAAGCAUGAUCAGAACCCAGAUUCUUCUGUGGAAAAUGAAGUCUCGGAAGCUCCAGAAGAGGUAGAGAAGGAAGAGGAUAACGUUGCUAAUGAUGAGGAUACCGGUAAUCAAGAAGUCACUGAAGAUGAGCACCAUAACUCUUCAGAUACUGCUGAAGCAAUGGAACCAGACUCUGAAGAGUCAACCAGAGACUGUGACCAGUCUGAAGCACAUUGUGAGGAGCCCUCAGAUGCCCCUAAUGGGGAUAAUGAUGCUUCCAAGAACUUAGAUGAAGAUAAGGAUGUUGUAGGUGAUUGUAGUGAAACCAAAAACAAGGAGGAAACUUCUAACGACCUGGAACUGGUUAAGGACAAUAGUGACUGUGAGAUUGAGAGUGGUGACAUUUUGAAUGGAGAUGAGGAACUAAUGGCUCAUACCUGUAAAGAUGCCAUUGUAAUGCCAUUGCCCGCAGACCAAUCAAUCCCAGGCUGUGAGAAGGCAGGGCAGGAGGAGGAGGAAGUGCCUGAAAUUUUAGAAGAGGAAGAUGGGUGUCCAGCACAUGGUGGUGACCACGGUAUGCAUGCAGAGCUUGAUUUGAACAUGGAAGGGGAGUUAGAAAAUGAUGACUCUGCAAGCCUUGACAUCCUGCCCAAUGAGGCCAGUGAAGAAACAGCUCCUGGCUUAGAACCAUGUGAAGAUGAACCUAACACUGCAAAUGGUUUAGAAGAGUCUGUCCAUCAAGCAGCAGCUGAUGAGGAGGAAGCAGACCUAGAUGAGCACAAUAAUACAAACACAGGAGAUGCCAGUGAUGGCUGCCAGAUCACUGAGAGGAGAGGUGAGGAGAAGACAUCAGAGGAAGGCUGUGAAACAAGCAAAGACUCUGGGGAAGGGGAAGAAGAAAGUGUGAAUGCAGAGAAUAUGUCUGAUGGCUGUCAAAUUGCUCCUUGUGAGAAUGAAUGUGGUGAGGAAAUACCCAUGGAGCAUUCAGAUGAGAAUCUUCAAAGAGAAGGGACCUCUCUGGAUGAAGAUGGUAUGAGCUCUGACAGUCUACCAAGUCAUCUGGGAAUAGAGCCAGAGCUGGAAGAUGUGCCUGUUGAAGAACAUAGUGAAAGUACUGUGGAAACCUCUAAGUCAGAUGAGCUGCACCUUGAAGACAAUGAGGUGGAAGCAAAUAGCCUCAGCAAAAGUGCCCCAAGUUCACCUCAACAGGUCCCCCUUAAGGAAGAGUUAGAAGUCUGUAACCAUGGCAAAAUGAAUGUAGAAUAUGAGACCAAACAUAACUUGCAUGAAAAACUAGCAGUCCCUGACGUGGUCAUUGUGCCUGAAGACUCAGAGGAAAGAGAAACUAGCAGUGAUUCCCUAGAUGACCCUUACGUGCUUCCUGCAGAAAAUGAAAUUGCUCAUGGUGGGCAGACUGAUUUAGGAGCUGAUCACAGUAAAAGGGAUGAAUUGGGCAUGGAUGGUGAAAACAACUUGCUGCCCCUUGAUCGUAAAAGCAUCGUCACUAGAACACGGUCGCUAUCUGGGAAAAUGCCAGGCUAUGUCCCAGAAACAGUUCCAGAAGAAAGCGGAACUGAAACUGAUUUACCAUCUUCCCGCAAUGGUACUGGGACAGAAGAUUUAAGCAAUAAUCCUUUUUCAGUGGAGGGAAAACCAGGGGAGGCUAACAGGACAUUACCAACCAAGUCAAGACGUUUCAUUUUAUAUCCUCGAUCUUACUCUGUUGAAGGGAGAGAAAUACCUGUCUCUGUUUACAGAGAAACUGAUGGCUGUGUACUAGAUGAUGGUAGGAUGAAAAGAACAGAAGACAACUUGUCUUUGCCUUGUGUCAAUGGUUCCUCAGGUAGUUUUUCCCAGAGGAAUUUUCUUUCAUCGUGUGGCCUAUCUACUCCAUCCUCAGUUGUUGAUAUACCCCCUCCUUUUGAACUUGCCUACAUCACCAAAAAGCCAAUCACUAAAAGUUCCCCUUCGCUUUUGAUAGAGAAUGACUCACCUGAUAAGUAUUCCAAGAAAAAGAAAUCUUCCUUUAAGAGGUUCCUCACUCUAAAAUUCAAGAAGAAAACUGAAAGUAAAGUCCAUGUAGAUGUUAAUGUUUCCUCUUCAAGGUCCUCAUCAGAGUCUAGCUAUCAUGGGCCUCCGAGGCUGAUGGAGCUGGACAGGAGGAGCCUAAGUAGCUCACCUCAACUAAAGUCGCAUGUGGGGAAGCUCCGUGCAUCUGAAUCUCCCUCAGCUGUUCUUUUCUACAAGGAUGGUAAAAGAAAAGGAACGCCCAAGUCCUUCAGCAGGAGCGUGUCAAGGGUGGAGUCCUUCGAGGACCGGUCCAGACCUCCUUUCAUGCCACUCCCAUUAACGAAACCUAGGUCCAUUUCUUUUCCCAACGCUGACACAUCUGACUAUGAGAACAUACAAAUUCCUCCUCGAAGAUCCACAAGAGCGGGAACUUUUACUGAGUUUUUUGAAGAUCCCAGCAGGGCAUUAUCUGCUGCUAAUGAGAACGACGGCUAUGUGGAUAUGAGCAGCUUCACUGGCUUUGAGAACAAGCAGCAAACCACAGACCAGGAAACAGAAAGUGCCUACACCGAGCCCUACAAGGUGUGCCCAGUCUCUGUGAUACCUAUGGAGGACGUCACAUCAGAUGAGGAGCAGAAGAGUUCAGAAGACAACGAGAGCAGCCUGGGAGAUCCCAGCCUCAUCAACAAGAAAGAAGGCCAGUCCAGAGCUUACCUCAUUGCCCAGGAGCUGAUGUCUUCAGAAAGAGGAUACGUGGAGAUGCUCCAGCAGCUACGUAUGGAUUUCUAUGAAGGUCUCUUGAAAGUGCUUGGAGAAGAUGACGACGACGAACAGGAAGAAGUUAACCUCAAGCAGGGUUUACGUGAAAUCCCUGAAAUUUGUGAAUUACACCAAGACAUCCUGGCAGAACUGGAAGAAAGAGUCCUUAAAUGGGAGGAACACCAGAAAGUUGCUGAUGUUUUCCUCUCAAGAAAAUCAGGGCUGAAUCACCACACAACAUACAUUAUGCAGUUUGAUAGGAAUUUGGCUUUGCUAGAUGAAACCUGCCUUAAAUGUUCCCAACUGGCUACCAUGAUUCAGGAGUUUGAGCAGAGCUCUGGUGGCAGCCCUCAGAGUGUGAAACACCAGCUUCUGACAGUGGUGCAGCGCGUCUUCCAGUAUCGUGUGCUGCUCACAGAUUACUUGAAUAAUCUUUGCCCUGAUUCUACAGAGUAUGAAGCUACACAAGCUGCCUUAUUCAUUGUUUCUGAAAUCACGGACCGAGCCAACGACAGCAUGCUCCAAGCGGAAAAUUUGCAGAAGCUGGUACACAUUGAGCACAGCGUGAGAGGGCAGAGUGGCCUCCUCCAGCCAGGAAGGAUCUUUGUUAAAGAGGGAACGCUGAUGAAAGUCUCUGGCAAAAACAGGCACCCUCGGCACUUGUUCUUGAUGAAUGAUGUUCUGCUGUACACAUAUCCCCAGAAGGAUGGCAAAUACCGACUGAAAAACACCUUGGCUGUGUCAGGCAUGAAGGUCAGCCGCCCAGUGACAGAGAAAGCCCAAAACGUCCUGAAGAUUGAAUAUGAUGACUGCUGCCUGACCCUGUCUGCAAGCUCUUGCUUGGAAAGGGAUGACUGGUACAGCUGCAUCAGCAGACACAUCCCAGAUGACUACAAAGCUCACAACGCUUCCACUUUCCACAGCACCGUGGAGCUUAGGGAAAGGCUUGGAAUACCCUUGGGGGAGAGGCCUCCUACUUUGGUACCCGUGUCUCAUGUCAUGAUGUGCAUGAACUGCGGCUGUGACUUUACCCUCACUUUGAGGAGACAUCAUUGCCAUGCCUGUGGAAAGAUCGUAUGUCGAAAUUGUUCAAGAAGCAAGUACCCUAUGAAGUACCUCAAAGAUCAAGCAGCUAAAGUCUGUGAUAGCUGCUAUGUGGAACUUAAGAAAAGAGAGCGGCCACUAAGUAUGAGCUUCCCUCCAACUUCAUCCAGGUGUUCAAACAGUGCCUUCUCCGUCUUCCACAAUAUUCAUUAUUCAUCUUUUAAGAAACAGAAGAAGAUCCCUUCAGCUCUUACGGAGGUGGCAGCCUCAGAAGAGGGAGCUACCAUCAGUGGUUACCUCAGCAGAUGUAAGGGAGGCAAAAGACACUGGAAGAAACGCUGGUUUGUUAUCAAAGGGAAAGUCCUCUACACCUACAUAGCAAACGAGGACAAAGUUGCCACUGAAAGUUUGCCUUUGCUGGGUUUCACCAUUGCCCCAGAAAAGGAAGAAGGAAGUAUGGAUACAGUUUUCCAUCUCUACCACAAGCAGACUCUCUUUUAUAGCUUCCGAGCAGAGGAUAACAAUUCAGCACAGAGGUGGAUUGAAGCCAUGGAAGAAGCAUCCAUAUUAUAG